UUUACCCCCAUUGAUUGCUGUUUGUGCAUAGGUGGUGAACUGAAAAGAAAGUAUCUGCGAUUAGUUUGAUUGCAAGUUUUUAUCUGCUCAGUUUGAUUUAGAUACCCAACUGGAUUGAACCAAACUGAAAUUAUGUUUGUGUAUAACGUUACCGCUCUUCACAUUUCCUGUUGACAUCCGAUUUGGGAUAGAUGUCCGUAUAAACUGUCGCCCAAAUGGAAAUGGUGCCCAGCGAAGAAAACCAGCUCGUACCCAAAGAGGGGCUGUUUUGGAGUUGCAGACAAAGCAUUUUUGAGGAAAUGAAGCAGAGAUAUUCUCAGAUAGAGAGUGCAGCUGAGGAGCCUCGUGUGCUGUGCAUCGUCCAGGAUACCACCAAUGCCAAGACGGUCAAUGAGCGUCUGACCCUUAACCUGCCGGCCUCCACAACCCUCUCCAAACUUUUCGAGGAUGUGGCCCACAAGGCUGGCUAUGUGAACGGCACCUUUGACUUGGCCUGGGGCAACACAGCGGACAUGGCGCCCCUGGACCAGGCCAGUGAGAUGACCUUGGUGGAGUCGGGGUUCGAGGCGGGCAAGAAGAACUUUCUCCAGCUGAUCGAUAAGGAUGGGGAGCAGCCACAGAUCGCCUCUGUGAGACGAAGCACACGGGCGGACAGCAGCGGAUUGGACGACAGCUCCCAGGACCGCUUCAUCGGGCCACUGCCCAGAGACGGCACCGUGGGCUGCAGCAGCGACUACAGCAGUCCCAGCUACUCGUAUUCCUCCAUCCUCAACAAGUCUGAGACCGGGUAUGUGGGGUUGGUCAAUCAGGCCAUGACGUGCUACCUGAACAGCCUUCUGCAGACACUGUUCAUGACUCCGGAGUUCCGAAAUGCACUGUACAAUUGGGAGUUUGAGUCGGAGUCGGAGGAGGACCCGGUCACCAGUAUCCCAUACCAGCUGCAGAGACUCUUUGUGCUUCUGCAGACCAGCAAGAAGCGUGCCAUCGAGACCACAGAUGUCACGCGGAGCUUCGGCUGGGACAGCAGCGAGGCCUGGCAGCAGCAUGACGUACAAGAGCUGUGCCGGGUCAUGUUCGACGCCCUUGAGCAGAAGUGGAAGCAGACUGAGCAGGCGGAUCUGAUCAACCAGCUGUAUCAGGGCAAGCUCAAGGACUACGUGCGCUGUCUGGAGUGUGGCUACGAGAGCUGGAGGAUCGACACGUACCUGGACAUCCCUCUCGUCAUCCGGCCGUUUGGGUCCAGCCAGGCCUUUGGGAGUGUGGAGGAGGCUCUGCAGGCCUUCGUCCAGCCUGAGACUCUGGACGGACCCAACCAGUACUUCUGCGAGCGCUGCAAGAAGAAAUGUGAUGCCCGCAAGGGCCUGAGGUUUCUGCACUUUCCCUACCUGCUGACCCUGCAGCUGAAACGCUUUGACUUUGACUACACCACUAUGCACCGCAUCAAGCUCAAUGACCGCAUGACCUUCCCUGAGGAGCUCGACAUGAGCCCCUUCAUCGAUGUGGAGGAUGAGAAGUCUCCUCAGACAGAGAGCUGCACCGACAGUGGGGCGGAGAACGAGGGCAGUUGCCACAGUGACCAGAUGAGUAACGACUUCUCCACGGACGACGGCGUGGACGAGGGCAUCUGCCUCGACAGCGCUGGCAGCACAGAGAGGGUACUGAAGCCAAAGAGCUCGCUGACCUUUGAGCUGUUCUCCGUCAUGGUGCACUCUGGGAGUGCGGCAGGGGGACACUAUUACGCCUGCAUCAAGUCCUUCAGUGACGGCCAGUGGUACAGCUUCAACGACCAGCACGUCAGCAAGAUCACACAGGAUGACAUCAGGAAGACAUAUGGGGGGUCCUCGGGGAGCAGAGGCUAUUAUUCCAGUGCCUUUGCCAGUUCUACCAAUGCAUAUAUGCUCAUAUACAGGUUGAAAGAUCCCACAAGGAAUGCAAAGUACUUGGAUGCGGAGGAUUUCCCAGAGCACAUCAAGCGUCUCGUCCAGAGAGAGAAGGAGUCUGAGGAACAAGAGAAGAGGCAGCGGGAGAUCGAGCGCAACACAUGCAAGAUCAAGCUGUUCUGCAUGCAUCCGGUGAAGAACAUGAUGAUGAUGGAGAACAAGCUCGAAGUGCACAAAGACAAAACGCUCCGUGAAGCCACAGAAAUUGCAUACAAGCUCAUGGAUCUGGAGGGCGUGGUGACGCUGGACUGCUGUCGGCUGGUGAAGUACGACGAGUUCCACGAGUACCUGGAGCGCUCGUACGAGGGCGAGGAGGACAUGCCCAUGGGCCUGCUCCUCGGCGGGGUCAAGUCCUCGUACAUGUUCGACCUGCUGCUGGAGACGCGGCGGCCGGACCAGGUCUUUCAGCCCUACAAACCGGGAGAGGUCAUGGUGAAAGUCCAUGUUGUGGACCUGAAGAGCGAGACCAUCGCCCCUCCUGUGAGCGUCAGGGCUUACCUGAACCAGACGGUCACCGAGUUCAAGCAACUCAUUGCACAGGCCGCGGGGCUUUCUGCAGAAACCAUGCGUGUGGUCCUGGAGCGCUGCUAUAAUGACCUUCGGCUCCUCUAUGUGCCCAACAAGACACUGAAAGCAGAAGGUUUCUUCAGGAGCAACAAGGUGUUUGUGGAAAGCUCUGAUUCUGCCGAUCACCAGGUCACUUUCACUGACUCCCUUUUGUGGAAACUGCUGGACCGCCACGGGAACACAAUCCGACUGUUUGUCUCUCUGCCCGAGCAGUCGCCGGGCUCCCUGGUCAAUAGAACUAGUUGCCCCAAGGCGGGCGCCCCUAGUGGCGGUGGCGGGGACUCUGAGGACUCUCUGGAGGGGGGAGCCAAGGGCAGCAGGAAGUCUGUGGAGGCCAUCCUGGAGGAGAGCACAGAGAAGCUCAAGAACCUGUCCCUGCAGCAGCAGCAGCAGCAGGCCAGCAGUGGCAGCGGCAGCGGCAGCCAGAAGAGCUCUGACCACAGCGAGUUCGAGCACAUCAGCUCCCUGGCCCAGGAGCCGGAGUCGCCGUCCACCUCGCAGCCGGUCACUGCUGCUACCGCCGCCACUACUGCCACCCUUCCCCAGGCUACCCAGCAGCCCCUGCAACCGCAGCAGGAGAGCCGGACGCUCGCCGGGGGCAGCGGGAGCGUCGGUGGUUCCGGUGCCGCUGCCGCUUCCACCUCCGACCCGGACAACCAAUUCCCGCUGGAGGAGCGCUCGGACUCGGACGUGAACAACGACCGCAGCACGAGCUCAGUGGACAGCGACAUCCUGAGCUCGAGCCACAGCAGCGACACGCUGUGCAACGCCGACAGCAGCGGCCCGCUACCGCUGGCCAACGGCCUGGACUCGCACAGCAUCACCAGCAGCCGGCGCUCCAAGUCCCACGAGGGCAAGAAGGAGACGUGGGACACGGCCGAGGAGGACUCGGGCACCGACAGCGAGUACGACGAGAACGGCAAGAGCAAGAACGAGGCCCAGUACCUCUACUUCAGGGCUGAGCCCUACACGCAGGAGGAAGGCAUGGGAGAAGGACAGAAAUGUCUACUGGUCCACGUGGACAAGAGAAUCACACUGGCAGCGUUCAAGCAUAACCUGGAACCCUUUGUGGGCGUCGCGUCCACACAGUUCAAAGUGUUCCGCGUCUAUGCCAACAACCAGGAGUUUGAGAGCGUCCGGCUAAAUGAGACGCUGUCCUCUUUCUCAGACGACAACAAGAUAACCAUUCGGCUAGGGAGGGCGCUGAAGAAAGGAGAGUACCGAGUGAAGGUUUAUCAACUGCUCGUCAAUGACCCAGAGCCCUGUAAGUUCCUGGUGGACACAGUGUUUGCCAAAGGGAUGACCGUGAGGCAGUCCAAAGAGGAGCUCCAGCCUCUGCUGAAGGACCAGUGCAAGCUGGAUCUGAGCAUCGACAGAUUUCGUCUCAGGAAGAAGACCUGGAAAAACCCCGGGACGGUGUUUCUGGACUACCACGUCUACGAAGAAGACAUUAAUAUUUCCAGCAACUGGGAGGUUUUCUUGGAGGUUCUCGAUGAACCAGAGCGGAUGAAGUCCAUGUCCCAGCUGGCAGUGCUGACCCGACGCUGGAGGCCGUCCCAGAUGAAGCUGGAGCCCUUCCAGGAGGUGGUGCUGGAGAGCAGCAGUGUGGAGGAACUCAAAGAAAAGCUCAGUGAACUGAGUGGGAUUUCCCUUGAAAACCUGGAGUUUGCCAAGGGUCGAGGGACAUUUCCUUGUGAUAUCUCUGUGUUGGAGAUUCAUCAGGAUUUAGAUUGGAACCCCAAAGUGUCCACCCUCAACGUCUGGCCUCUCUACAUCUGUGAUGAUGGAGCUGUGGUCUUCUACAGGGACAGUGCGGAGGAGCUGGUGGAGCUGUCGGAGGAGGAGCGCAGCGAGCUGAUGAAGAAGGAGAGCAGCCGGCUGCUGAAGACGGGCCACCGUGUCAGCUACUCGCCCCGCAAAGAGAAGGCCCUGAAGAUCUACCUGGACUGGCCGGGCCAAAAGACCCCCCCUGGGACUGAGGGCCCAGGCUUCCUGAGCUUCAGAUUGGAAUGCUUCUCUGACUGA